UAACAGUGAUGUAGUGAAGUUUUACAACUAAGCUAUGCGAUAAAUUAUACGGAUAAUUUUUAUAUCUAAAUUAAAGGAGUGGCGUCGGAAAAACACUUAUGAUGAAGCAGUAUAUCCUUCAUGUUGUAUUUUACAGAUUCACCGACCCUGAUCAAGGAAGUAACACACACAUGUCUUAUUUUACUUCUUUCGUCUUUGAAAUAAGUGAUGGCAGCAGAAGAGAAAAUCAAAUGGUCUGAAGAAACAUUUUCCAUUCGAGAUGUUGCAUAUAACAAUCUGCCAACAGUCGUCAAAGUAGCUGAUGGAUAUUACAGCGAAAAUGAAGCCGAAAGCUUUUCAAAUGGCGACCUUAUCAAACUGGAUUUUAAAAAAAGUUAUUCCAAAGUACGAGGGCGGUGCGUUGGUGGUAAACCGAAAGUAGACGAUCUGGGAUACUUAUCCCCGGACAAAGACAUUCUGAUUCCACUAGGUUACAAAGGGAAAGUAAAAGUGGAAUGUGUGCAAAAUACAUUUAACAGUGUUGAAGAAUUAAUUAAGAACUUUCCACACUUUGUUAAAACCGGACGACCUAUCACUGGGAAACGUGGGCUUUAUUCUGCCGAAGAAGUCCGAAUCGAGAAAGGCGUCACGCUGCAAUUAGAUAGAGUGAUUCCUGAAGCUGGACUUGUGUGCAAGAUAGACGGAAAAGAAGUACUGCUCCAAUCAAAUCAACUGGCACGAUUUUAUCUAGAACCAGAUGAGAAAGAGUAUACUAUACGCGAAGUUGUAGACAAUUUCGAUUUACCGCAAUACAUUCGUUUCGUAGAUGAAGAUUUCGAGAAAAUCGUGACCUCGGACUUGACGGAGGCUAUUGACAAUAUCAGCCAUUUCCAUGGUUACUUACAGAUCAUUGGACUGAUUCAACAGGAAGUGGUCGUUGGUCACCACAAGCCAUCUUUAGCUGGAACUUCAGCAGAAAAGAUCACCCAGAGGGCCAUAGCCAUUCUUCCACUUGAUAGCGAGGCUGUGAGGAAUAUUGAGGUCUAUCUUCCAGAGUAUGAAGAAAAAAAUGAUUAUGAAUUUUUCUUGGCGCGAAAUUUUUCCAAAAAUGUCAAUAUGGAUUUUGUGGACGGUGGACUUUAUCUGGAAUUUAGCAAGGCCCCUCGAAUUCAUCUGGUGCCACAUCCGGAACUUGAGGAGGAACCACCACCUAGACCACCACCGCCUCCUGGCAGAAAUACCCAUAGAAGAAAAGCACCCCCUACUCCAACGACUCAGUCUGAAUUUCCAAAACCAUCUGUCGGGGGUCCACAAUUUAGAGAGGCAACAAAAAUCAAAGAUGCUAAAUCCAAUCGUUCUCCAGGCCCUGGAAAAAAGAAAGCACCACCCAUAAAACCUAAGCCUGAGAAGGGUUCAUCAACAGACACGGCUGGCCAGGACGAGGAUUCUGCUGAUGAGGUUGUGGAUGAUUAUGAAGAGAUUGCUGCGGUAAAACCAUCUCCUGGCACUAAGCCCGUGUCCAGAAUCCCACCCUUCAGUAGAAAACAGCCACCAAUCCCAAUAUCGUUACCAGACAACGAUUUAGAGGACGACGACGAUGAACCAGAGUGUCCUUACGAAGAGAUUCCAGAUGUUCAGGAAGUGGAAGACAAUGGUGCCCAAAAAUAUUCGAAGAAAACUGGACUUGACUUUUCAAAGUUGCCAAAGACUUUUAGACUUGGCUUGAAAAAGGUCCAUGAUGAAAUGAAAAAGUUGAAGCGCUCACACUCAGUAGAAGUGAAAAGUCCCCCUUCUACUCGGGACCUACAAGUUUCUUCUAUUGUUGAGGAUGCAGGGGAUAGUGAUGACAGUGACGAAGAGGACUCCCUUGCCUACGACUACCCAGAUCUGACCAAGCUUGCGUCCAUGCCACGCCCUCCACCCGUCAGCGAUACACCUCGAUACCAGGCGUCACUAAAAGUAACAAGACCAGUGGGUAAAAUACAACCGAUAUCUCGCGAGGAGAAUCCAACAAAGAAAUUCAGUGAGAUGACAACAGAAGAGGUCGUGAACUUGUUUAAAACGACCAAGUUACCAUCUCUGGCGUCUGUAUGUGAAAAAGAAUGCUUGGAUGGAAGCUUUUUCAGUUCUCUCAGUGAUGCAGAACUGAAAAAUGCGUUUAAACUAAGUGAUUUGCAAAUUAUCAAAGUGAAUAAAAUUAUAAAUGAAGGAUGGCGCCCCCACGUGACCUAAUUAUAUUCUAAGCUUGGAAAAAACAAUCACAAAACACAGUUAUGUUAUCCAUAGAAAACAGACUGAAAUGAACACGAGUCUUUUGACCUUAAGCACAUCAUGUACUUUUUUCAAACAACUGUCACACGGGGAGAUCAAAGGGAUUUUACUUACAACAUGUAGAAAAAGCCUAACAUUUACUCAUUGUUCUCUAAAAAGUCUCAACCGAGGAACAUAUUGGAAUUUUCCAAUAUGUUGGAUUUUUUUUUUCAAGUUGAAAUAAAGAGUGUUUCAUGAUUUUACAAAAAAGACAGGUUUCUGCUAAUUUAUUUCUUUUACAGUAAACUAAACCAGAAACGAGUAUGAUAUGAAAACAUUAAAUGUAAGUGUUUACAAUGUCUAAAUUCAUCUUAUGAGAUGAGAUACUAGGAGAUUAAGAAGCAUGUCCUAUUGGAAAAUAA